AUGGAAGUCAAACUGGGAUACAUGUCCCUAAAGCCCCAAAGAGACAAUAAUGUCAACAAUGAAGAAAACGAAGAAGGGAUGGUGAAAUUGAUAAUACAAAUGAAAAUCGUAGAGACACCACAAUGCCAUCUGCCGCAAGACACAUCAAAUUCAGCAUCCGCAUGCAAUAGUGGCACAGCCAAAAGGACGCUGAGGUCAAUAAAACCUCUACAAGCCACACUACCAAAAUUUUACGGGAAUUCUGACGACUUCCCAGAAUACUGGGCUAUUUUUGAAGCCCUUGUCCAUAACAGUGAAGAACUGGACAUUUUGGAAAAGAUACUCCUACUCAAAGAAAGUUUAAAGGGUCGAGCGCAAACAGCCAUCGAAGGGAUAAAACCAUUCUGA